GCCUCACGUGACCGGCGAGCCCGGCGAGGCAACAUGGCCGCGGCGGCGGGGCCCUCCUUUUGGCUGGGGAACGAGACGUUGAGGGUGCCGGCAGCGCUCUUCGCCCUGAACCGACGGCGCCUCUGUGACCGCCUGCGGCAGAGCAAGGACGUGCCGGCCAGCUCGCUUGUCCUGCUGCAGGGUGGCGAGGAAACCCAGAGAUACUGCACUGACACCGGGGUCGUGUUUCGCCAGGAAUCCUACUUUCACUGGACUUUCGGAGUGACUGAAGCAGGCUGCUUUGGAACGGUUGAUGUUGAUACUGGAAGAUCCAUCCUUUUUGUUCCACAACUCCCCGAAAGCUAUGCAGUUUGGAUGGGAAAGAUUCACCCCCCUGAAUACUUCAAGAAGAAAUAUGCUGUGGAUGAAGUUCACUAUGUAACUGAGAUAUCCAAUGUCUUGGCUUCAAAGAAACCAUCUACCCUUCUCACUCUGCGCGGUGUUAAUACUGAUAGUGGAAAUGUCUCCAAAGAAGCUUCAUUUGAGGGAAUCAGCCAAUUUAAUGUGAACAAUAAAAUCCUUCAUCCCGAAAUUGCAGAAUGUCGUGUGAUUAAGACAGACAUGGAGUUGGAAGUUCUGCGCUACACCAAUAAAAUCUCCAGUGAAGCCCAUAAAGAGGUAAUGAAGGCAGUAAAAGCAGGCAUGAAAGAAUACGAGUUGGAGAGCCUUUUCCAGCACUAUUGCUAUGCUCGAGGCGGGAUGCGCCAUACUUCCUACACGUGCAUCUGUGGCAGUGGGGAGAACUCCUCUGUUUUACACUAUGGCCAUGCUGGAGCCCCGAAUGACAGGACUAUUGAAGAUGGAGACUUGUGCCUGUUCGACAUGGGUGGCGAGUACUACUGCUACGGCUCCGACAUCACCUGCACCUUCCCGGCCAGCGGGAAGUUCACGCCUGACCAGCGGGCUGUCUACGAGGCUGUGCUGAAGGCGUCACGGGCUGUGAUGGAGGCCAUCAAGCCAGGGGUCGCCUGGCCUGAUAUGCACCGUCUGGCUGACAGGGUCCAUCUGGAGGAGCUGACGAAAAUUGGCAUUCUGCAAGGCAAUGUGGAUGACAUGGUGAAGGUUCAUCUGGGGGCAAUAUUUAUGCCACACGGACUUGGACACCUCCUUGGAAUUGACGUGCACGACGUUGGAGGCUACCCAGAGGGCGUCGAGCGCCUCGAGGCGCCGGGGCUGCGGAGCCUGCGCACGGCGCGGACGCUGCAGGCGGGCAUGGUGCUCACCGUGGAGCCGGGCAUCUACUUCAUCGAGCCGCUGCUGGAGCAGGCCCUGCGCGACCCCGCGCAGUCCUGCUUCAUCAACCGCGACGUCCUGCGGCGCUUCAGGGGCUUCGGCGGGGUCCGAAUCGAGGACGACAUCGCGGUGACGGCCACAGGAAUGGAGCUGCUGACGUGCGUCCCGCGCACCGUGGAGGAGAUAGAGGCUUUCAUGGCAGAAGGCCGGAGCGGUGCCAAGUCCUUUGACUGAUGGUCCAGCCAAAAGCAGUAAACGUCAGGACAGUGCUUAGUGUCUCACGCUAAUCCGUCAUCGUUCCAAUUUACCGUAGCAGCACAUAAAGUGCAUCUAAUUCUUAAUAUCAAGAGAAGCAGGUAGGCUAUUAGCUGGAGUGAAUCAUUCGGUACAAACGAAGGCAGAAGGCUUUGGCACUGCAUAUCCAGGUAACGCAGAUGUUGCUACUUGCAAUCAGCAGUUUAUAUUAUGAAGUGCCAGCUAAAUAACCCUGCUGCAUUGUCAGCGGGGCUUGUACUCCUCCCAAAUCUCAGCUCAUCUUUCUUCCAGUAAAAUCUAAAUUUUGAUGAUAAGGACACUUUAAAAGACCAAAUGGAUUAUCUGAAUGCUGUCAACAAUGGUAGCAAUCCAAGAAAUCCUUCAGCACAAAUAUCACAGAAAAGAAAGUAAAAAUCUCAGCUAUUCUCAGUGGCGAUCAUGACGCAUACCUUCCUUGUGGAUCUUAUUUCAAUGUUGAUGGAGUAAGCAGAAUCAGAUUUAUUAAAAAUUAUCC